GGAGCUGAUGGCGGCUGCGCGCUGCAGGUGGUGGCCUCGCUGAGCGUUGGGUUGGUUAAUGCUAAGGGAUUGCCAGUGGCGGCCUUCCGGGGUUUUUUUAGCAAGCCGGACUAACUGGAAAAAUAAACUUGGUGAGGAAUCCAAGAAGCCUUCAUCCAAGGUGCAGAGACAUUAAAAGGAAAUCAGGUUUUGAUUUACACAUCUGAGUGAAGAAGACAAUAUGUCGGGUAUCAAGAGGACUGUAGAGGAGAUGGACCCAGACUAUGAAGACAUCUCAGUUGCACCUACAAAUAAACACCAUAAAGCAUCGGAACAAUCUGCUCGAGAUGCUGCGGUACAGAAGAUUGAGGCAAUUAUUAAAGAACAGUUUUCUGUAGAAAUGAAAAAUAAAGAACAUGAGAUUCAAGUGAUCGAUCAGCGGCUGAUUGAAGCAAGAAGAAUGAUGGAUAAGCUGCGUGCCUGCAUUGUGGCAAACUACUAUGCUUCUGCUGGACUCUUUAAAGUUGGAGAGGGAAUGAAGACUUAUGAUUCUAUGGUUUUUAACCAUCCAACCAUCAAGAAAUUUUUAGAAUCUCCAUCCCGAUCAUCCUCUCCUGCUAAUCAGGGCUCAGAAACCCUGUCAGUCAACCAUUCAGAGAGUGAAUCAUCUCAGCACAUGGAAUACAUGUUGGGAAAAGACAAUGGUAGUCUGGAUGUGGAAGAGAGAGGGCCAAACAAACUUGACUUGAGUCUGCGCAAGAAUACUGGACAGGGCAUUUCUGAUGUUUCAAGAGAUUACAAAGCAGGGCUGAGAAAUGCUGGUUUCUCAAAUGAAGAGCAUUCACGAUUAUUUGUAAAGAAAACAAUAGUUGUUGGUAAUGUCUCCAAAUACAUUCCUCCUGAUAAGAGAGAAGAGAAUGACCAAUCCACUCAUAAAUGGAUGGUGUAUGUAAGAGGUUCCCGACGAGAGCCAAGCAUUGAUCACUUUGUUAAGAAAGUCUGGUUCUUCCUUCAUCCCAGCUAUAAACCUAAUGAUCUUGUUGAAGUCAGAGAGCCUCCUUUCCACCUGACAAGGCGGGGCUGGGGAGAGUUUCCAGUGCGGGUUCAAAUUCACUUUAAGGACAGCCGAAACAAAAGGAUUGACAUCAUACACCAUCUAAAGUUGGAUAGAACAUACACUGGUCUACAGACACUAGGCGCUGAAACGGUUGUGGAUGUUGAGUUGCAUCGGCAUUCUCUUAAAGAAGAAUACCAGUCAUCAGAUUCUGAUCUUUCUGAUGCCCCCAACUCAUUGCAUUUGCCAUUAAAAAUGCCAGCACCUAUGAAAGCAUCUUCACCGAUAAAACAAGUGCAUGAAUCUGUCCCAGAAGCUUCUCUUGAAAAAGGGCUCAGUGCUGAAGCUGAAAGGCAUACAACCUUUUAUUCCCUGCCAUCAUCAUUAGAGCGGACUCCCACUAAGCUCACAAGUCAGAAAGUUGCUUUUGGCUCCCACAGCAACUCAGCUUUUCAGCCAAUUUCAGCCAGUUGCAAAAUAGUGCCUCAGGGUCAAAUCCCAAGCCCUGCUGAAUCUCCAGGCAAGUCUUUCCAGCCUAUCACCAUGAGCUGCAAGAUUGUAUCAGGUUCUCCAAUAUCAACCCCAAGCCCUUCUCCACUACCUCGUACCCCAACGUCCACUCCAGUGCACAUGAAACAAGGGGCUGGGACCCCUGUAGUUAGCAACCCUUAUGUUAUUGUGGACAAGCCUGGCCAGCCAGUUGGAGUAUCAAUCACAAAUGCAGGUAGCCCUGCAAGUAAGAUUACAAGUGUUUCCCAGUCCUCUCAUGGGACAGGUUCUCCAGUCUCAAAAAUCCAUGGAAGCAGUUUUGUAUCCUCUACAGUCAAGCAAGAGGACUCACUUUUUGCAGCCAUGCCACCUCUUUGUCCAAUUGGGAGUCACUCCAAGGUACAAAGCCCUAAAUCUGUGACAGGAGCACCCGGAACAUUUACAAAGGUGAUAAUAAAGCAAGAGCCUGGAGAAUUGCCCCAACAUUCUCCAGUGGCAUCAACCGGAACGGCCUCUCAGACCUCAGUGCAACAGUACGUGACUGUGAAAGGGAGCCAUGUGAUUGCCUUGUCACCCCAGAAACAGAUUGUGAGCACAGGAGAGGGAUCCACUUCAUCAAAGAUCAUUAGUGUUCCAGUUGGGUCUGCUUUACCACCAUCAGUCAAGCAAGCUGUUGCCCUUGGUGGAGGACAAAUACUAGUGGCAAAAUCAAGCCCUUCAGUCACAAGGGCAGUUGGUGGAAAACAAGUUGUAACCCAAGGAGUCGCCAAAGCUAUUGUGAGUGGUGGAGGAGGAACCAUUGUUGCUCAGCCUGUGCAGACUUUAACGAAAGCUCAGGUUCCAUCAACAGGAGUUCCAAAAACUGGAUCCCAAGGUUCAGUAAUGGCAACAUUGCAAUUACCAGCCACUAAUUUAGCCAAUUUGGCAAACCUACCUCCUGGCACAAAAUUGUACCUUACUACAAAUAGCAAGAAUCCAUCUGGGAAAGGAAAACUGCUACUUAUACCUCAAGGAGCUAUUUUGCGAGCCACAAAUAAUGCCAAUCAGCAGUUAGGCUCUUCAGCCAGUGGCGGAACCCAGAGUGCAAGCAGUGGUGUCUCUCAGCAUCUCACCUAUACAUCCUAUAUCCUUAAACAAACCCCACAGGGUACUUUUUUAGUUGGCCAGCCACCUCACCAGACUUCAGCAAAGCAGGUGACAUCAGGAACUGUUAUCCAAGGUAAUACAAGUGCUGGAACAUCAUCUUCCCAAGGACAUCAAGCACUGAAAGUAAUAACUGGACACAAAACUGCCACCUUAUUUGCACAGGCAGCUUCCAGCGGGCAAGCUUCACUCAUGAAAAUAUCAGAUAAUACACUGAAAUCUUUACCAGCAUCAUCACAGCUCUCAAAACCUGGCACCACUGUGCUGAGAGUGUCAGGCGGGGUGAUCACUUCAGCAACAACUUCAGCCGUGACACUUGCAUCGAAUGGUGUUCCACAGCAAACAGACAGCACAAGUUCAAGCUCCCCUUCAGCUGCAAGCCCUGUCGUGAAGGCAUCUGGGCAGCAGCAGCAGGUUGUUGCCAAUCACGGGCAAGCAGCAUCAGUCGCACCUAGUAAAACAAGUUCCUCCGCAGUUGUAAGCAUUGCUUCUUGGGUCACCACCCCAGCACCAGUAUCUGCAAAAACUGCGGUAUCAGGGCUGCUAAAGAUCCACUCCAGUCAGAACAGCCCACAACAGGCUGUUUUGACAGUACCCAGUCAACUCAAACAACUUGGUGUAAGCACUGCUUCUGGAGGAGUCCAAACUAUACUGAUGCCUGUGAACAAAGUGAUACAGUCGCUUUCUUCCAGCAAAGCCGCUGCUGUUGCACCCAUGACCACAACCGGUGUAGUUGUUCCAAGCACUCCUGAAGUGACUGUUACAAAAGUUAAGCUGGAGCCUGAUUCAACAGGGCAGAGCUGCAGUGCCCCAGUCUCCCAAGAUGCUCAGGCAACAAUAAAAACGGAGGAGAGUUCCAAACUUGGAAAUUAUUCCAUUGGGGCAAAAUAUUUAGACAACCUCCAGCAACUUUUAACAGCAGUCGUCAAGAAAGUUCCAUUGAUUGCUGAGAGAACUGAGGAUGCCAAUCCUUUCUGUGCCAGUUCUGUGGAACAAUAUUAUACCUGGAAUAUUGGAAAACGGAGAGCUGCUGAGUGGCAACGAGCCCUGACAAUUCGGAAAAUCCUUCAAGAAAUUACAGAAAAGUACCCUAAAUUUCAGAGCAUUGUCCCUCUGAAGACAAAGCAGGUUGUACAUUGGUGUCGCUUCCAUGGUUAUACACCACCUGAUCCAGAAGCUUUUAGGAAUGAGGACUCCAUAGAGGAUGUGCUGACACAAAUAGACAAUGAGCCAGAAUGCUCAUCUUCUUACACCACUGGGGAAGAGCUGUGUCAAAAGCUUAGAGAACUAGAACAGUUCCUCAAACAAGAAUCAGACAAUGAUGAGGAAGUGGACAUCCUUAACAUUACUGAGCCUCUGAAAGUAAACAUUAAAAAGGAACAGGAAGAGACACAAGAAGAGGCCAAAUUCUAUUUAGCACCACAGUCUGCAUCUGAGUUUGUGCGUGAGACUGCUCAACAGAUAGGAAUUUCCUUUCCACCUGUGGAACUUCACAAAAAUAUCUAUGCAUCUGUAAUAGAAGAUAUGAUUUUAAAGGCCACAGAACAAUUGGCCAGUGACAUUCUAAGAGAAGCCCUGGCGAUUGGCUACCAAGCAGCUCCUCGGAACAGGAUUCCAAGAGAGAUCACGAUGAUGAACAUUCACCAAGCUAUCUCUAACAUUCCCUUUCUGGACUUCCUUACAAACAAACAUAUGGGAAUAUUGAAUGAUGAACAGUGAUAUGGACUGAAAAGCUACAUAAAGGCUUCAAUAAAGACGAUGGCCCAAAUUCCUUGUGUCCAGAUGCCUGUUUGCAUUGUAGAGACGAAGUUAACUUGAAUGCUACAAAUCAGUGUUUCAACCAAUGUUUUUAUUUUUAAAAAUAGUUUUUUUAAUAUUUUUUUAAAGAAAACACUUUUUUAAAUCAGUUUUAUGUUCACCUGCCUGCCAGAUAUUAGUAGUAGCUGGUUCUGAGUCAGUAUGCUGUGAAAGUUAAGAUAGUAUACCAUGACUUAAGUUGCACGUGUUGUGCUUUAUCAUGGAAAUUACUUACCAUAGAAGGUUUCCAGUAAUACAUUCUGCAGUUUAAUACAAGCCGUGGAUAUGGACUGGCAGCCUCUGGGGUUGAGAUUAAAUGGCUAAGCACAGUGAUGGACUAGUUCAGUUAUAAUAAUGAACUAUAGUUUACUGCUAAAGGAACAAGUCUGGCCUUUCCUUAGGUUCAUAUAUUUCUCUACUGUAAACUGGCAUGGUCACAAGAAGACCUUAGAGCCUUUCACUGCAGUUUGUCAUAUCAUCUUAACUGGACUUAAUCCUGUUAAAGUAACAAAACUUGAGCAAAGUCUUCUGUUGGGAAUAGGGUGAGAUAUUCUCAAAGUUGACUAAACUGAAAUUGACUUCAAGUGGUUAUACUAUAUCUUCACUGAAAAGCUGUCAGGAAGCUUUCUUUGCUGAAAAGAAAUCUACACAUAAAACUACGUAUCUUAAACCAGUGAUAAUAUAAUAAAAAUAACCUGGUGUUCUGAAUUAACAAAGGAGCUAUUUAUCAAAUCAAACCCUUCAAAGUGUGUGGUAUUUCAGAUUUGACUUGUGGUUUGGAUAUACUUUCCCUUCAUUUGGAAAGUGAGAGGUUUGCUAUUACAUUAGACUGACAUACAAUAUUAUAAUAACUGUUUUAACCUCAUUGAAUGAAACAGCCUAAUUCUACACCCCAGAUGCUUUUUCCUAAUCUAGAAUAGGCCCUUCAAAUUACUUGAAGACUAUUUUUGUCCACAUUGAUUACCAAUUUAAACCCUUAUCGUAUGUACUAUAAUGUAUAAUUGUGUGAUAUACCUUUACAAUAAAUCUUUAUUAAGUACAGUA